AAGAGAGAGAGAAAGAAACUUGCACUUUAGUAAUAAUCCAUAGACCCUUUCACCCCUCAUUCAUUACUUUACCAAACUCCCUAUCUCUUCUUCUCAUGUUUCCCUUGCCUUCAUCCUUCACCACCAUUCCUCUCUCAACCACAUCCCAUUCCCAUUCCCAUUCCCAUUCCCCUCAGGUUGAAACAGAAGAAAUGGAGGCUGCUUUGAAGACCAGUUUCAGAAAAGAAAUGGUCAUUCCCCAAGCUUUCAUGGAGGAGCUGUCAGGGUUCAACGGAGGUCAAAAUGACGACUUCUCCGUUGACGACCUUCUUGACUUCUCCCACGCCGUGGAAGAAGAAGAACCAGAACAACAACAGCAAAAGGUAGAACAAGAACACUCUGCUUCUGCUUGUGUCUCCCUUCAACAAUCCCGUGAAAUUUCCAAACCCGCCGCCACCAGUAACCACCACCCUUUCAAAGACGAAUUUCCCACCGGCGAGCUCACUGUUCCGGUGGAUGAUGUAGCGGACUUGGAGUGGCUGUCUCAUUUCGUUGAGGAUUCUGAAUUUUCUGCCGCCGCUGCCUUCCCGGCCGCCGUAGCCUUACCGGUGAACCCAAAGAAGGAGGUGAAGACCGAGCCGGAACCAGAAACCCCGGUUUUUGCCCAGCCCCGUUUCAGAACUUCGGUUCAGACCAAGGCGAGAAGCAAGCGAACGAGGAAUGGUGUUCGGGUUUGGCCACUCGGGUCACCGGAGACUUCCUCCAGUUCAACCACCACCUCGUCUUCCUCUUCGUCUCCUUCCAGCCCCUUGCUGAUGUGCACCAGUUUUCCCCUGAGCGGCGAGCAGGUUUGCUCGGCGGCGGCAAGGCCUCCUCCGGCGAAGAGACCGAAGAGAAUCCGAAACUCCUGUUCCGACCAGGCGGCGCCACGGCGGUGCAGCCAUUGCGGCGUGCAGAAGACCCCACAGUGGAGGACUGGGCCACACGGAGCGAAAACGCUCUGCAAUGCUUGUGGGGUCCGGUUCAAGUCGGGUCGGCUCUUACCCGAAUACAGACCCGCUUGCAGCCCCACAUUCUCCAGUGAAUUGCACUCAAACCACCACCGGAAAGUCUUGGAGAUGCGGCGGAAGAAGGAGGAGGGUGAAGUUGAAACCGGUUUGUCAACUGUUAUUCCCAGUUUUUGAUUUUAUUUAAUUUUAAUUAGAAAAAAAAAACUAGGUAGAAAAAGUAGCACAGACUUUAACCCGGUUCUAUGGGACCCGACCCGAGUUAGUGUACACAAUUUUCCCCUCUUUGCAUUGAGUGCGGUAGGUGUUAGGCUUUGUAACUGUUUAGGAGACUUUGAUGAUAUGCAACUCUUUUUAGUUUUGAAUUA